CGAGGUUCACUGAAAAAAUUGGAGCAUUGAAUUUAAAUGUGUACAUUAAAUGUGUACAUUGUUCCUGUUAAUAUAAUUACAAAACUAUGGAAACUCUAAGAAAAAAAAAACUUGUGAAUGUAAUAAGUUUGAUUUAUGUACAACUUUGAUCAAUACUAAACCAUUUAUUAUUUAAAUAUUAAUAAUCAUUUGAUUUGGUUUCCAUUUUGUCUUUUAGUCAGUAUAUUAUAAGAAAUAUAAACAAUCCCAUCAAUAGAUUGAACACCUUAAAAGAAAGGUACAAGGUUUCCAAAUGUUGAAGAAAUGGUGAAGCAAUAAAUUGAUUUUUUAAGUUAAUCUGUGAAAGUUGUACGUAUGCAGAAUGGUAUGAGGUAUUAUCCCAUUUUUCUUUGCCCAGGAGUGUACGGCUGUAGACAGUUUAUUAUGAUUUGCAGCAGAAUAUCUGAUACGAACAUGGGACUGCAGAGUGACUGCACUUAUUUUUAAUCCGGGUGAACACUGUGUGAUUUUUAAUAGUCCUUUGUGACUGCUGCUUGUCAGACUGUACGAACACGAUCCCUGCUGUACUGUGAGCCAUGUCACACUGUAGGAUCUCAGUUCUCAUUAAUGUCAGACUGUACAAGACGUGAAAAACCGACGCACACAAGAAGAAUCUUACGGAGUAGGAGACGUCACACUACAGGACUGUGCCUCAAAUCUUCUCACACUGCCAGAAUUUAAUCAGAGGAAAAAUCUGAUCACAACGGCCAUUAAUCUGCUGUCGGGGAACACGUCAAACUACCGAUCAAAGACUACAGAUUUUGGCCCAGGAUUAUAGGAAUCUUUUAGGAUUCUCAAAAUUAGUCUCAGACAUUUAUCCAUUUAUUCAUCAGACGACUAAAUCGUGGUCAAAAUCCUACAGUGUGAACCGGCUUAAGUAUUUAUACUCAGCUGUUGUUUAUAAAUCCAAACAUUUCUGCAUAUUGCAGCUAAAUAUCAGUUAAAACAAUAUGAUUUAAUAUUUAUUCUGCUAGCAUGGAUCUGUCCCUCUUCUGACAUACGCUCAGGGUCUUAUUGUGCUAAAAUGUUUUUCCUUCAGCCUGCUAGGAUGUUCAUGUUAGCAUUGUUGGUGGAUCGUGUAAAGAAAAUAAACUGAUAAAAUGAUGAAUGUGCUCGGAUCUGUACGCACCGUCUAAGAAGAACACCGGUGAUGUGAGCAGAUUAUUGGACUGACAAAAUACAGAACAGGAUGUAGGACCGUGUGGCUAAAACCAGGUGUGAAACAGCAGCACUUGUCCUCAGAGCGCUGGAGGGAGUGUGUGAGAAAUGGCCAAACUCCUGUCUACAUUUCUUCUACAGAUGCUGUUUGGUUUCUUUACACCGUGUCUCCUUGAGAUCGCUUCAACUGAUCAUUUAUCUGUUCCUCCUGGAGAGAACAUCACCCUGCUCUGUAACAUCACUAAUUAUUAUGAGAUAUCGUGGUAUCGACUGAGAUCUGAGGAGGUGAAGUUGCUGAUAUCUGCUGAAAAAUUUAACCUGAAGAAAACCUUUUCCCUCCGUUAUAAUGUGAACGAGAGUCACUUUGAUAUGACAGAAAGCAGCAGUUCAGUCAGUUUAGUGAUUAUUGGAGUUAGAGAGACAGAUCUGGGAUUUUAUUUCUGUGGAGGUCGAAACGAUGCAACACACAUUCAGUUUGGGAAAUUCAUCAGACUGGACUUUACAGCUGAUCAGCAUCAUGAGACUGAUCGUUCAGACACACAGCAGUCUGUAGGUCCUGCACUCUGUGGAAUUAUUAUUAUAAUCCUAUCAUGUGUGUGUGCGGUCUUUGUUUCAAUAAGCAUCAUCUGCUCCUCUCUGUACUGUUCCCUUUAUUUACGACACUUCCUGUUGUUCCAGGCCGAACAGCAGCCCUUAUACACUAGUGCAGAAUGAAUGUGUAAUGAAAACGUUAGUGAUUGUAAAAAGCUGUGUAGUGAAAUCUGUGUGUUUGACAUUUUUGAGAUUGUCGUCUUUGUCUAUGUUAAAUUCUCUUAUUUUUCAGAUAAGUGUUCUUCCACUGGGGACUCAAACGAGAAGGUAGCAGAAAAACGAUGAAAUGAUGAAAUGUAGUUGAUGGAAGUCAGCGCUGAGAUCAUGUCACUAUUAAAGCAGACUAAUAACGUCACAUUAUCAGAUGUUUCUCUCUGCAGGAAGUGGAUCUGCACCUGUCUGAUUUGACCUUUGUGACCUACACAAGUGUCUCCUGACGGCCCAGAAAUCAUCAGCAGCAUGAGGAUCAGAAUCAGCAGAGAACCUGCUACGAUCCCAUCGACCUCGCAUACAUCAAGUACUCGCUAAUAAUCCGUGUGGUCUGAAGAUUAAUGACUUCCUGUUCUGCCCCCAAAAGCAUGUUAUCUGGGUGAUUCCCCAACUGUGCCGUCAUUCAGCUCUCGUAACUCUUAAACUUCAAUUUUUAAAUAAUUGUUCAACAAUGAAUCGAGGAAAACAUUCAUUUAACUAUUCAAAAAUGUCUUGACUUCAAACAACAGCAACAACAAAAUAUUUACAAGGAUUCUUUGGUACAUUUCUCUCUUAAAAGAGUUCCAAGGUUAAAAGUAGUGAUGUUAAAGCUUCAUGAAGAGUUGAAGCAUUAAAGCCAGAUGUGUUGAUGUUUGUUUCUUUGGGCUAUAAGUGCACACUAGAGCUCUAGUGGUUAAAAGACUUUAGUCCUGUGUAACAUGUAACACUGCACUGUGUGUACAGGCCAAUACGAAGUAAAUGACUGAUAUAAUCAAUAUCAAAUAAAUGAAUUCCUGAAGGUGAAUUACUGUGUUUAUUUUACUCCAGACAAAAGCCCAAAGCUUUAUAUAAACACAUGUGAAACGUGGACAGAGACGUGCUGCAGUUUCCUGCUUUUAUUUCUGUCUUUUUUUUAAAAUAAACAUUAUAAUGCUAAUAGUUCCACAUUAUUUGCACUGCUUUUAUAGAACUUUAAUCUGUUCUU